AUGUUAAACGGAUCCUGCCUGUGUGGCGACAUCACCUACACCUUCUCGGGCGAGCCCAUUGCCAAGGCUUUGUGUCAUUGCUUGACCUGCCGCAAAUUCACCAGCAGCGCCUAUGCGACAUGCUUUCUCGUCCCCGACCCUGACGCGCAUUCACCGGCUGAGACCUCAGCCCGGAAAACCGACUUCCAGCUCCAGUCCAGGACCAACACGCCUUUGCGGCAAACCUCGACCGUCCACGAAACCGGCAUGGGCAUUAACUUCUUUGGCUGCGCAAAAUGCCCGAGCACGCUGUACAAGAAAGCCCCCGAUGGCUUUCCUGGCGUGCUCGUUGUUUUCGCGGGCUGUCUUGACGGCGGCGAAGGCGACCUGAGGGCGAAAGGCGGGGCGGAAGAGCUCGGCGAUCCGGAGGCGGAGCUGUGGGUCAAGCAUAGGCUGCCGUGGGUGACGGAGUUGAAGGGGGCAAAGCAGUGUCAGGAGUUUGAAUGAGUCCAUGAGUCUUGCCUGUGCCCAUCCGAUGAAUCGACGUCGUCGUCGUGUCUGGCGGGUACAGAGCUUUUCCGUUUGGCUUUCAACAUUGGAAGGAAAAGUUUGCUCUUUGGUGGCUGUGGCUCCCUAUCCUUGCUUUCUGAUGGUUGGAUUGCUCCUUAUGUAUGACGCUGGUCCUGCAUAAUGCCGUCUUGAUGAUCCCCAAGAUGGGUUUGUGUAUGCGGUCCUUGCCGCACAUUAUUCUGUAUGCCAAAAGGGUUAGUUAGCCUUGCCCACGAC